UUAUAUAAACGAUUUUAAUAUUGAUGAUAAUGUAAAUAUAUCUCCAUUUUGUGAAUAUACUAAUUACUGGUUCUAUGGUUUUUUGAAAUCAACUGAUAAAAUUAAAUAUAAUCAGACAUCAUUAGAUAAAUUCUUUGAUGGCGUUGAUAUUAUCCAAUAUUGCAAAGAUCAUGCGGAAGCUAUUGACGAACAUACAUAUAGUUACCUCAAAAAAUUAGAAAAAUUGUAUGAAAAAUUUUAUAUUUUUAAAAAAAAAUCUUUAACUGACGAUCAUACUCGUUGUAGAAAAGGUGAAAUAUGUGCCCAAGAAUAUAAGAAACACGAAAGUACAUGUGUGGGAAAUGGUAACAAUAGUUUUUGUAAUGAAUUAGAAAAAUUUCGAGUUCUAUUUAAUAAUCAUCUUAAAUCAAUAAAAAAGUGCGAUAAAAUAGAAGAAUUACCAUCAUUCCAAGCAUCUGCACUAGCUACUACCAUUUUACUCCCAGUUUCUGUAAUUUCAGUAAUAAUUUUAUUUUCAUACAUUGCUUAUAAGAUGGGUAAAUUUUUUAUACAAAAGUG